UCAGUUGAUCAUACCUCCGAUGCUCAUUGUGUCACUAGUUUCUAACGCCCUCUACUCCGAACCAGGGCAAAUGCAGAGGAUACACUGUAGCUCCACCCACACCGUGUCGAAUGGAUUAAGGUUCUCUCCUGAACUGCGAAGUGUGUCGGUGAGUCACAGUCCUGUGAGUAAUUUUUGGGGGAUAUAAGGAAAAAUAACUUCGGACAUUGUCAUUUGAAAUAUAAUUCUCGCUGCGUUUAGUUUAAUUCGUGUGUUGCUUUGUCAUUAGAUGGGCUGCCAACAUAACCAGAAACCACACAUUUGCGUAUUAUUUGAAGUUUGAAUCUGCAAUAACUUCAAAGAGGGGACAAGUAUUGGUGUAGCCUAAUCUCACAAGAACAUAGCUGUGACAGAGGAACCUGUUUUAUACGUUUUGCUUUGGAGAAGAUACACGGUCGUGGAGGGAAGGCUUCCUUGUUCAGUGUGGAAUGCUAGCGGACCGGUGGCGAGCCGAGGCUGAAGGAGCAUGGUGAAGCACCAACCCUUGCAGCAGGUCUAUGAGAAGCAGCUGUGUUUGUCCUUCCUCACUGGGAUCUAUGGCUGCCGCUGGAAACGCUACCAGCGUUCACAUGACGACAGCUCCAAGUGGGAGUGUGCAUGGUUCGUCAUCUUGUGCAGCACCUUCUCCCUGCUCCUCUUCUGGGCUUACUUCUGGUUGGAGGCCCACAAUGACUACAACCAAUUCAACUGGUUACUAUACAACCGUUCUGGGGAAUGGAAGGACGGGACUGUCCCCAUUCUGGCAACCACCGCAGUUGGCUUUAGUUACAUUACAUUUUUAAUGAUUUUAGCACUUUGUCAUAUUUCACUGGGACAGCAGCUGAACCUCUACUGGAUCCACAAGGUUGGUGUGUUGGCUGCCUUGAUCACCACUGUCAGUGGCGUGGUCUCCAUCGAUGACGUCUGGGGGGACGAAUGGGACAUCAUCCUCAUAUCUCUACAGUCCACAGGGCCUUUCCUGCACAUAGGAGCUCUGGCUGCCGUCACAGUGCUGGGCUGGCUAGUUGCUGAACAAGUGGUCCGUGCAGAGAGAACCAAGUUCCACAUGAUAUUGCUGCUGGUUUACCUGAGUGUCCUGCUCGCCCUCUACAUGGCUCCCCUUGCCAUCUCCUCACCCUGCAUCAUGGACAAGAACAGCCUCAAAUCACGACCUGACGUCAUUGGUCGACGGGGAGCGCCAAUGCUGGCUCCAGAGAACACCCUGAUGUCCUUCAACAAGGCUCUGCAGCAGGGGGUUAGCUCCUUGGAGGCCGACGUCACCGUCAGUCUGGACGGGGUGCCUUUCCUGAUGCGAGACCGCACCUUGAAACGGACCACUGACAUUGCCAAGGUCUUUCCAGACAGGCAGCACGAGGACGCCUCUCUCUUCAACUGGACAGAGAUUCGCUCUCUAAAUGCGGGGCAGUGGUUUUUGGAGAACGACCCCUUCUGGACUGUUGAGUCUCUGACAGGGAGGGACCGGAACCGGAUACGGAACCUGACAGUGUGUAGCCUGGUAGAGAUGUUGCGUCUGGCUGCCAGGGCCAACCGGUCAGCCCUGUUGUAUCUCCGCAGACCUCCCCCAGAACACCCACACUACAAGACCUGGAUCAUGGACACCCUGUGGGCCGUCCAGAGGUCUGGGAUAUCACAGAAGAGAGUGACGUGGACCCCGGACACAGACAGGGGCCGUGUCAGGGGGCUGCAGCAGACCUCCUUGGAGAAGCUGUCAGUGGAGGAGCUCAGACACAGAGGCAUCAGCAGCCUCACCCUGCGCUACUCACAGGCCAGCAACAAGGACAUUCAGGACUUCUUGGCAAACAACAUGAGUGUGACGGUGUACCCGGUGAAUGAGCCGUGGCUUUACUCAGUGCUGUGGUGCAGCGGGGUGUCUUCUGUCUCCUCUGACACCCCUCAGGUCCUCCGCAAGGUGCCUUACCCCAUCUGGCUUAUGAGCCCAGAUAAAUACUGCUUGGUCUGGAUCACCUCCGAUCUAGUCUCCAUCGCCAUAGUUAUAGGAAUAUUCAUCUUUCAAAAGUGGAGGAUGAGUGGCAUGCAGAACUACAAUCCAGAGCAGAUCAUGCUGAGUGCUGUGGCGCGCAGGCCCAGCCGGGAUGUCAACAUCAUGAAGGAGAAGCUCAUAUUCUCAGAGGUAAGUAAUGGAGUGACCAGUACAGAUGAACAUCUAUAUCCAGAGAAUGGCUAUGACAUUGGGCAGUACAAGUGAGCUGUGUCUCUACCUGGAGAACGGCCAGGACAAUGGUCCAUUCAGAUGAACUGUCUCUAUACCAUGAGAAUGGCUAUGCCAAUGUGCAGGAAGGAUGAGUUGUCUCUGUACCUGUCUGCGCUGGUUGUGACAGCUACACUUAUGACGGCAUAACAUGGUGACCGCAACAGGCAGAAUCACAAUGGCUGCUACUGUAAACAUGGAUGUUUCUACCAACAUGUCAGAAGUUUGAACUUUAAAAAGUUCUGAAUGUUCAAUAUUUUGAAGACUGUUGACCUUCUUGCUGGAGUGACUUUGUUGUUCUGACGGAUCAUGGGAUGUUUUUCUUCGAUAAUUUGUUUAUAUAGCAGAGGAAAAGCGACCUGCUCUGGACGAGUUUUUCUGUUAUUUUAUUUUCCCUCAGGGGAUUUUCAUGGUUUGAAGUUCUGAAUACUAUGAUAUAAGACUGAAUUCACUAACAUGUGUGUCCCCUCCUAUCGAUGUGUGAAUGACAUUUUGCAUUAUGGGAGUGAACUGUUCUUGCAUUGUCAAAUCAAAUCCAAUUUUACUUGUCACAUACAUAUGGUUAGCAGAUGUUAUUGCGAGUGUAGCGAAAUACUUAUGCUUCUAGAUCCGACAGACAGUGCAGCAGUAUCUAACAGGUAAUACAGUUGAAGUCAGAAGUUUACAUACACCUUAGCCAAAUACAUUUAAACUCUGUUUUUCAAAAUUCCUGCCAUUUAAUCCUAAGAACCUCCCUGUCUUAGGUCAGUUAGGAUCACCACUUUAUUUUAAGAAUGUGAAAUGUCAGAAUAAUAGUAGAGAAAAUUAUUUAUUUCAGCUUUUAUUUAUUUCAUCACAGUCCCAGUGGGUCAAAAGUUUUGGGUAGCCUUCCACAAGCUUACCACAAUAAGUUGGGUGAAUUUUGGACCAUUCCUCCUGACAGAGCUGGUGUAACUGAGUCAGGUUUGUAGGCCUCCUUGCUCGCACAUGCAUUUUCAGUUUUGCCCACAAAUGUUCUAUAGGAUUGAGGUCAGGACUUUGUGAUGGCCACUCCAAUACCUUGACUUUAAGCCAUUUUGCCACAACUUUGGAAGUAUGCUUGGGGUCAUUGUCUAUUUGGAAGACCCAUUUAUGACCAAGCUUUAACUUCCUGACUGAUGUCUUGAGAUGUUGCGUCAAUAUAUCCACAUAAUGUUUCUUCCUUAUGAUGCCAUGCAUUUUGUGGAGUGCACCAGUCCCUCCUGCAGCAAAGCACCCCCACAACAUGAUGCUGCCACCCUUGGUCAUUAUGGCCAAACAGUUCUAUUUUUGUUUCAUCAGACCAGAGGACAUUUCUCCAAAAAGUAUGAUCUUUGUCCCCAUGUGCAGUUACAAACCGUAAUCUGGCAUUUUUAUGGCGGUUUUGGAGCAGUGGCUUCUUCCUUGCUGAGUGGCCUUUCAGGUUAUGUCGAUAUAGGACUCGUUUUACUGUGGAUAUAGAUACUUUUUUACCUGUUUCCUCCAGCAUCUUCACAAUGUGUUUCGCUGUUGUUCUGGGAUUGAUUUGCACGUUUCGCACCAAAGUACGUUCAUCUCUAGGAGACAGAACGUGUCUCCUUCCUGAGCGGUAUGACGGCUGCGUGGUCCCAUGGUGUAUAUACUUGCAUACUAUUGUUUGUACAGAUGAACGUUGUACCUUCAGGCGUUUGGAAAUUGCUCCCAAGGAUGAACCAGACUUGGCUGAUUUCUUUUGAUUUUCCCCAAAUGUCAAGCAAAGAGGCACUGAGUUUGAAGGUAUGCCUUGAAAUACAUCCACAGGUACACCUCCAAUUGACUCAAUUGAUGUCAAUUAGCCUAUCAGAAGCUUCUAAAGACGUGACAUUUUCUGGAAUUUUCCAAGCUGUUUAAAGGCACAAUCAAGUGUAUGUAAACUUCUGACCCACUGGAAUUUUGAUACUGUGAAUUAUAAGUGAAAUAAUCUGUCUGUAAACAAUUGUUGGCAAAAAUUACUUGUAUCAUGCACAAAGUAGAUGUCUUAACCGACUUGUCGAAACUAUAGUUUGUUAACAAGAAAUUUGUGGAGUAGUUGAAAAAUGAGUUUUAAUGACUCCAACCUAAGUGAAUGUAAACUUCCGACUUCAACUGUAUAUGUUGCCAUUACUUCUGCUGGUUGUUCUUCUCAUCGAAACUUCAGCCCAAAAUGAUUUUGCCCUGUGUGCCAUUCUCACCAUAACUGAUUUAACAGCUGCAUUUCAAUAAUACAUUUGUGUAACAAUUGCUUUAAUGAAGGAGAGCUUUCAAGAAACUGACAGUGUGCUACUCACUCUCAAAGCAUAAAUGAAAACCGUAAGAUACAGUACAAAAAUCCUUUAAACCCUCAUUUAAUUAACAAGCUCUCGCAGUCGCACAUCAGAAUUAGACGUUCAUCCAUGUUUCUUAAUCACAUUUUGAAGUUAUUCCAAACAUCAAACGUCAAAGUGUUUAGUUACUUCUCUGUAUAAUUCCAAGGUUAAAUUUGAGGUAUUAACUCUGAAGUCUUAAGGUUAGGCAUUAACACCAAAUGGUUAUGGUAAGGGUUAAGGUUAGGGAUAGGCUUAAAGCAAAAUAUCAGGAACAACUUUCUAUUGCUGGAUUCAAACAUGCAGCCUUUGGAGCCACAGGCAGAUGCUUAUGCACAGCUGCCAUACCUGUCCACAAUACCUACUUAAAGAUAACAGCACUUACUGUUGCCCCUAGAGCCAGUUUCCACGUCCUCUCCCGACCUCCUCAGACAUGUAUGGACAUUGAAUACUGACUUGUACCAUGAGUGACCUGCCUGUAUUUAAUCUCUCCCAUUUCCACAGGCACCUCUUGUACUGUACGCCCACACACAGUAAAGUUGACAUUGCACAUUGUGCUAAAAACAAAGCCUAGCCCACUGUUAUGAUUUCACAGGUCCAAUGUCAGUGAUUUAAAAGGCUUGGCAUACAUCAUCAUUAACAUUUACAAACCAGCAGCCAAUCCAACUCACUAGAAUAGGAAAUUGUGUACAGUAGCUUCAUGCAUAACAAUUACAGUGCUACAGCCACAUAGGCUACAGAUACUACAUGCAGUAUGAAAGCAAAGAGGAUUGCUCUUGUAAUGCAGAAAAGGGCUUUCACAUUAGAUCACGAUCUGGGUGAAUUGCAUUGAUCCACAUUGAUCAUUUUUAGGUUAGGUCUGAGCCAUGGGAGGAUGAUGGUGCAGUGCUGGCAGGUGGAUGUCUGUCUCCUUGCUGUUGUCUGAGCAGUCCGAAGGGAUGUAACAGCCAGAGUCUCUGGGGCAGUCGGUCAGGUCCGCUUUAACACUCUCAGUCGGGGACUUGGCAUCCUGGUUUAACUCUCCCUCCUGACCAUCACCUAGAAUGGAAUGGGUAUGGGGGCUUUGAGAACUUGUAUUCAAAAGUAAUGGCCACAGAUAUGCUCCCACAUUAUCAGAAAUAACUUUUUUCAUAGUUUCCUCUUUCCCCCCCAACCCCCGAAAUAUGCCUAUUGUAGCUGGAUGUUUGAUCUGUAUGUAGGCUGUGAAAGCUGUGAGACCAUGUUACAUUUGCUUACCGCAGCGAAAAGUGAAGUUCAAAAGAUAAAAAGGUUUGCAUAAGCUUGAAAAACAUGACAGAUAAGCUAGUGCAGCGCCCAUACCACAGUGUCUUACCUCUGAAAAUGACAUUUCCUGUUAAUAGCUUGUCUUGUCUUGCACCACUCAAUGUAGUUUCCUGACUCUGCCUUUCCUUUCAUGUCCUUCUAGUAACUGUCUCUUUACAGCCUAUAAGCAGUGUUUUGCGUAAUUGCAGUGUAUAUAGAUUAUGUAUACAGUACCAGUCAAACGUUUGGACACACCUACUCAUUCAAGGGUUUUUCUUUAUUUUUACUAUAUUCUACAUUGUAGAAUAAUAGUGAAGACAUCAAUACUAUGAAAUAACACAUAUGGAAUCAUGUAAUAACCAACAAAGGUUUAAACAAAUAAAAAUAUAUUCUUUGCCUUGA